AUGUGCGGGGAUGGCAAGUUGUUCGUCGUGCGAAUCGAGGGUUUCAUGAAAGUUGGAGAUCUCGCGAUCGCGAUCAAGCAGCAACGCGCAUCGGUCAUCACGUGUGAAGCAGCAGAUAUGGCGCUAUUUCUCGCCAAGAAGGGCCCCAAUUCACCUUUCCGGUGCUUGUCUGCGCCUCGCGGCGAUAAGUUCGUAUGCGUUGUGGAUGCGAAGUACAACCUCCGACGGGCUCUCGGUCGAGCAUACGCUGGCAGUGAAGUGUUCGCGGAGACUAAGGGCUUAGCUAAAGUCUACAGCAUCGUCACGUGCUUCAGGCGGUGGUUCUUCCUGAGAAGUCUGAAUGACAAGACGGAGCGGAGCCACAUGGUGUCGAUCGCCGUGGAGGAUAAUAUUCCUACGCCCGAAUCGGUAAAGGACGUCGUCGGAAGGAUUUACGCCAUGCUGUCAGACGACGACUCGUAA